AUGAAACAACUUGUCAAGCUUGGUGUUUUAACACACAAAUUGAUAAAACCACAGCUCUUCAGUUCAUCAUCAUUGGCUCGUUUUUCAUCAAGUAAAUUCACUUUAAAUACACUUCAAAGUGAAAGAUUGGAAAUUGUAAAGAAAGAUGGAGAUGAAUUAUUGAUCAAUUAUGAAAAAUUUCCGGAGAGUGAAUAUGAUAAAAUUUUAAAUGAUGAAGAGUUAAUUGAAACAAGUUUGAAAAAUUCUAGUGAUUACAAUAUUAAUAUGUUAACUUAUCAAUUAAUUAAAUAUCAAUCCAAACUAUUGACCAGUAACAGCAAUAUUAUGAAAAUUAUACUUUCUAGAAAUGGAAAUUUAUUGAAAUAUUUUCCAAAUUAUCAAAAUGAUAGAGAAUUAGUUAAAAUAGCAUUGCAAAGUAAUGUUCAAGCAUUUGAAUUUGCAUCACAAGAAUUGAGAUCUGACUUUGAAUUGUGUAAUAUGGCACUUUCUAUAAAUGGAUCAUUGAUGAAAUACGUUACAAAUGAAGACGUUAAGAAUAACAAGGGUAUAGCACUGAAUUCAAUUAAAAAUUCAGAAACAUCCUUUAGAUAUUUAUCUGAAAAUUUAAAAUCUAAUUUGGAAUUUUGCAAAAUUGUCUUGAAAAGUAAUUAUAGAAUAUUUCCAUAUUUACCAUAUGAAUUAAGAAAUGAUGAAUCAAUAUUUAAAUUACAACCAAAAGUUGAAUCACUACCAUUCGAAUAUUUUGGAGAAGAUAUUAAAAAGAAUAUCAACUUUCAAAAAUCAAUGUUACAACGUGGAAACUCACUUUCAUUAAUAUUACCCUAUAACACCAGUAUUGAUAUUCAACAAUUUGCAAUCAAAUGUAAUCCAGAGAAUAUAGAUCACGUCUAUAAUGAAAUUAAGCUCAAUAGAGAAUUUAUUAAAGAAUGCGCAAAAGAGACUAAUUUAACAUUUAAUUAUGUUUACAAUGAGUUUUACAAUGACAGAGAAAUGAGUUUGUGGUUUUGUAAAUGUAACGCAUUCAACUAUGCCUAUAUUAAUCCUCUAUUUGAACAAGACGACCAGAUUAAAUGGGUUUCAACACUUGAAUUCUUUGAUAGGAAAUAUAUUGAAAAUGAUAUUGACCUAUUAAAAAUGUUUCCAGAAGGUUUAAAAUACGCCUCUGAAACUCUAAAAAAUAAUAAGAGACUAGUUCUAUAUUUUAUCAAACAAUUUAACUUUAAUUUUAAUCAUGCCUCUAACGGUUUGAAGGAUGAUAUUGAUGUUGUAGAAUUGGCACUCAGUAGAAGAUAUUUCCGUGCAUUAGAGCAAACUUCAUUGAAACUUGAACGAAACUUCAUAUUGAAAAUGAUUGAAAAAAGUGAAGGAAUUCCAAUGAGAUAUUUUCCUUCAAAUAGUGAAUUUAGAAAAGAUCCACAAGUAGUAAUGAAUACAUCCAAAUAUAGAAUUUACAAUAUUGAUGGUGCGGAUGAGGAAUUGUUAAAUAAUUUUCAAUUUAUUAAACAAUUAUUAGAACAAACUUAUGAUAAUAGUGGAUGCAUUUAUCAGUAUGUGGGAAGUGAACUAAAAUCAAAUUGGGAAUUUAUCAAAUAUUGUGUGGAAAGGAAUUAUUGUGAAUUGUAUUUUAUUGAUAAGAAUUAUAUUGUAGAUUAUAUUGAACUAUUGGAAAUUUGCAUUGAAAAAGGAGAGGAUCCAUUUAGGUAUAUCAAGGGAGAUAUAUUGGAUGAGCGAGUACUCGAUCUUAUAGAAAAAUAUCCUCAAUAUAUGUGCACUGUUUACAAUAUUUUGAAAUACAGUAAGCCCGAGAUUACAAUGAAAAUUAAUCUUGUAAAGUAUUUUACAAAUAUUCAGGAAAAGUAUGGAAAUGAAUUGAAGAAUAGUAAUGAAUUCAAAGAAUUCUAUAUGAAUUUUCAAGAAUGGAAGCAAGACAGAGAAUUGGCCAAACUUGUAUUGAAACAUCAAGGACAUUUAUUACAAUUUCUAAAUUUGGAAUUGAGAAAUGAUGUGGAAAUUGUACAAAUUGCAAUGGAAGAAAAUGAAAUGAAUAUUUUAUUUGCUUCGGAACAAAUUCAAUCUCAAUAUGAAAAUAUUCAUUUCAUAUUGAAACAAGUUGAAAAUUCCAAAAUAAUUUCCAUUCCAAAAAUUGAGAAUAAUGAUGAAAAUAACAUAACAAAACAAAGAUGGAGUAUCAUCCCAUCGAUUUUGCGUUUUUUCAAUGAUACAUUUACUUUUUUCAGAAAUUCCAAUAAAUGA